UGAGAUUGUAUCCCCGUCGCAAGGCGGUCUGGAUGAGACCUUUACACAUGUUAUACUUUGCUAAUGUGGUAAACGGCAAUGGCGGUUACUACACUCCACCAUUAACCCCACCAGUGCAGCACCUUUUUAGCGGGGAUACUUAUUGAUACCCCUGGAUGGACAGUCAGAUCGACUCCGAUGAGGUCCGAUCCGUAACUUGGGUGUCCGAUAUGCCGGUCGAUCGAGCGAAAACGAGAUAAACUUUAGUCCGUUUAUUUCUGUUUCAGACUUGACUUUGGAGGGAAAGAAGCACAUGUAGUCAAGUGAGAUUACUAACCUGCGCAUCCCAUACCUUCUGGUAUUUCCUUCCUUUAUUGACGGGCUUGGAACCUUCUUGACAUCCAUACUUCGACAGGAUCUUCCGGUCCAUGAUAUAGAACGAGGAAAGAAUACUUCGUAUGCCUUGAGGUAGAAGGAAGCCAGCGACACCAUGGGUGCCAACCUGAAAGAACACCAGCAACAGGCUCCAGGCCCUGCUACCGCACCGGUAGCGGUCCAGAAAGCAGCCGCGAACUACAAGGGAUUCGUAGCUGGCGUCUUUUCGGGCAUCGCCAAGCUCUCCGUCGGCCACCCCUUCGACACCAUCAAAGUGCGCCUCCAAACCACCGACGCCACCCGCUUCUCCGGCCCGCUCCAAUGCGUUACCCAAACCAUCCGCAACGAAGGUAUCCUGGGUCUCUACAAGGGCGCCAGCCCGCCACUGGUCGGCUGGAUGUUCAUGGACAGUGUCAUGCUCGGCUCUUUGACCGUCUACCGCCGCCUUUUGCGCGACAACCUGUUCAACCCGCCCUGGCACCCAUUGCACGACCCCGCCAAACCCUUGCCUUCGCAUGGCCACGGGUUGGCGGGUAUCCUGGCGGGCAUGACGGUCAGCUUCAUUGCGGCGCCCGUGGAACACGUGAAAGCCAGACUGCAGAUCCAGUACGCGGCGCGUAAGGAGGAGAGGAUGUAUAAGGGCCCCAUUGACUGCCUCAAAAAGGUGUACACGCACCACGGCAUCAGGGGCGUGUAUCACGGCUUGGGAGCGACGAUAUUGUUUCGCAGCUUCUUCUUCUUUUGGUGGGGCACGUAUGAUGUGUUCAGUAGGUGGAUGAAGCAGUACACGCAGAUGAGCACGCCGGCUAUCAAUUUCUGGGCGGGCGGGCUGAGCGCGCAAGUGUUCUGGCUGACUAGUUACCCGAGCGAUGUUGUAAAGCAACGGUUCAUGACGGAUAAUCUGGGAGGAGGGCUCGGCGAUGGCGUCAGGAGGUUCCCGAGGUGGAGGGACGCCGCGGUGGCGGUUUACAAGGAGAAUGGCGCGAAGGGAUAUUGGCGCGGGUUUUUGCCUUGCUUCUUAAGGGCGUUCCCGGCGAAUGCGAUGGCACUGUUGGUGUUUGAGGGCGUCAUGAGGUCGUUGCCUGGGUAAGCGGAAGUGCUACCGAGGUCGGACAUUGGGUUGGGGUGAUAUACCUCGAGAGGUUAUGGCGGCGCAUAGGCGUUGGGUUAUCUGUUUACGUUUGGCUUUUGGGUAUGAUACUCCUAGAACGGAGGCGUUAUAGAUGGUUCACGAUUAACCGGCAAUGUUACAGAGUUCACAUAGUCACAUGCGCAUGGGAUAGACGGAAAUAGGUUUGGCCAGAACGCCAUGCCUCACAAGGAGGCGACUUGACAUUUGUUCAUUGAACCCGGUUUCCCGCU